AUGACGGUGUUGCAGGAACCCGUCCAGGCUGCUGUGUGGCAAGCACUCAACCACUACGCCUACCUGGACGCCGUUUUCCUGGCUGAGCGACUCUACGCUGAAGUGAGGUCGGAGGAAGCGCUGUACCUUUUGGCCACAUGCUACUACCGCUCGGGGAAAGCUUACAAGGCGUACCGGCUGCUCAAGGCACACAGCUCGUCCACGCCGCAGGUGCGCUUCCUGUUGGCCAAAUGCUGCGUGGAACUAAGCAAGUUGGCUGAAGGUGAGCAAGUUCUGAUUGGCGGUGUGCUAAACAAACAGAAGAGUCAAGACGACCUAGUUAAUGAGUUCGGAGAUUCGGCGUCCUUUACGCUCUCGCUGCUUGGACACAUUUAUUGCAAGACUGAUCGUGCCGCCAAAGGAGCCGAGUGUUUUCGGAAGAGUUUGUCACUCAAUCCGUUUCUAUGGUCGCCCUUCCAGAACCUUUGUCUCCUAGGCGACAAAGCGGACGCCGAUCAGGUGUUCAGGUUGUCCUCGUUGCAGCAUAGUUCAGUAGCCCCAUCUCCCCCUUCUAUGAGCUCUGCUCAGAUACCCUCGAAUCGCUUGGACACCGCCUUCAUGGAGACGCCACAGCACACUCUGGAGUUAAAUCGUUUGAAUUUAGAAUCGUCCAAUGGGAAACAGACAUCCGAUUUGACGCUUUCAUACAUCGACUCGUCGCUCAUCACCCCGGAAAGCGGCUCCCUGUUAGGCAACCCCGUUUCCUUAGCAACCGCCGGCUCCUUAUUGGCCAAACAGAACAAGCCCAAGAGCGGGCGGAGUUUACUAGGAGGACCCAACUCGCUCAGUCCGCUAACACCCAGUUUCGGCAUUUUGCCUCUGGAGCCGAGUCCGGGUGAUCCGACGUACCUGCAGAACUUUUCAUCUGGUAUGGAAACGCAAUCUGCAGCUUCCAACAAGAAGGCCGUGUCCAGGAUGGGGCAGUCCAAGUCUGUGUUCAGUCAGAGCGGCAACAGUCGCGAUGUUCUGCCCAUUCCCUUUAAUCCUUCGCAGACAUCUGCACCUCACGCUAGCGGUUCCCCUCAGGUGCUGAGCCCUAGCAUGUCGGCGCCUCCCAACGUACAGCCCAGAAGAAGCUCCCGACUCUUCACCAGUGCCAGCUCCACUGCCAAGGAGAACAGCAAGAAGCUAAAGAUGAAGUUCCCCCCUAAGAUCCCCAACAGGAAAACCAAAUGUAAAUCCAGCAAGACGUCCAACAGCACCAACCUGAACGAGAGCCUGGACAUCCUGCGUCUAGACCCGGCUCUGAGUCUGCCUGACGCCAAGGUGCCUCAGCACCAGAGGGCGGCGGCAGACGGCGUGCUGGCGUUGCUCCGGGAGCUGGGUCGCGGCUACCAGGCGCUGUGCUCUUAUAACUGCCGGGAAGCCGUCGCCAUCCUCAGCGCUUUGCCGCCGCAGCACUACAACACAGGAUGGGUCCUUACGCACAUUGGACGGGCCUACUUUGAGCUAGCCGAGUACACGCAGGCAGAGCGUCUGUUCAGCGAGGUGCGGCGGAUGGAGUCAUACCGAGUUGAGGGCAUGGAGAUCUACUCCACCACAUUGUGGCACCUGCAGAAGGAAGUGGCAUUGUCCGCCUUGUCCAAAGACCUGACCGACAUGGACAAGAACUGCCCCGAGGCCUGGUGCGUCGCAGGAAACUGUUUCAGCCUGCAGAGGGAACACGACAUUGCCAUUAAGUUCUUUCAGAGAGCCAUCCAGGUGGACCCGAGCUUUGCUUACGCCUACACGCUGCUGGGUCAUGAGUUCGUAAUGACUGAGGAGCUGGAGCGAGGGCUGGCGUGUUUCCGCAAUGCCAUUCGAGUCAGCAACAGACACUACAACGCCUGGUACGGCCUGGGAAUGAUCUACUUCAAACAGGAGAAGUUCAACCUGGCCGAAAUCCACUUCAGGAAAGCACUAGGCAUUAAUCCACAGAGCUCCGUGCUGCUCUGUCACAUCGGCGUGGUGCAGCACGCCUUGAAGAAGUCAGACGCGGCUUUAGAGACGUUGAACAAAGCCAUCGGGAUCGACCCCACAAAUCCCCUCUGCAAGUUCCACAGGGCAUCUAUCCUCUUUGCCAACGACAAAUACAAGGCGGCUCUUCAAGAGCUGGAGGAGUUGAAGCAGAUUGUUCCCAAAGAGUCACUGGUUUAUUUCCUCAUCGGCAAGGUGUACAAGAAACUAGGUCAAACUCACCUUGCACUGAUGAACUUCAGUUGGGCCAUGGAUCUGGACCCCAAAGGGGCAAACAACCAGAUCAAAGAUGCCAUCGACAAAAGAUACCUGCCCGAGGACGAAGCCGCGGCCGAGGGAGACGACAGUAAGGACAGCAGCGUCAUGACGGACGCCGAUGACUCGCUUCUGCACACUGCCGAAAGCGACGUCCUUUAA